UAGCAACGUAAACACAUUAUUUUGAAAACAAAGACAACAAAAUGUAUACUAUUUAGUCACAACAAGACUUGCUCAUCGAAUUGUAGAAUCAAACAAAUAAAAGAAUUCAAGAGAGCGAAGUGGGAAAAACCAUUUAAGAAUGAAGCAAAGCUGAGGUACUUUCGUUUAAAGAAACUAGCUCAUCACAGGCAUUGGAACUGAUCUUUUGAAAGAAAUUGAGUCAUUUAUGAAUGUUGACAAGAAUGAAGCAGUUAAAACUGCUAUCAAACAAACAGAAGAAAGGUUAUUGCAAGAAAGAAAAGCUAUGAUUGAUGAAAUUGUUGAGAAUAUGAAAAGAGAAAAUGCAGAGUCGUUAGAAAAAUUAAAAAAGCGUGCAGAGAAAGAACUUGAAAUAGUCAAGAAUCGCUGUGAAGUACUUGAAAAAAAUCGAGUAAGAUUAGCCCAAGAGAAACACGAGAAAGAAAAACAACAAGCUUUGCGAAAAGCUGCUGAAGAGGCGGAAAAAUCCCAAGAAAAAGCAGUGGCCGAAGCAAAACAAUAUCUGAUAGAAUUAUUGUUAACUGAAAAUGAGGAAAAUACAAGAAAAACAAUACAAGAAAUGAUAAAUAAAAUGGAGGAAGAAAGGAAAAAAGUUAUUGAAGACACAACAAGAAAAACGCGUGAACAGUGUGAGAAGACGAUGUCGGAGAAGUUAGAUGAAGUUGAACGUAACCAGGAAGAAGAAAUUAAAGAGUUAAAACAAAAGGUUGAAGUUCUUACGGCUAAUCUUGAAAGAGAAGAAAAGGAAAAAGAAAAAUAUGAAAACCUUUAUUUAGAUUUAAGAGAUGACUACAAGAGGUUUCAGAACUAUACACAAGGAUAUUGCUCAGAUUUUCUUAUGAAGUAACAAUAAAGUAAGGAAAAUGAAUUCCGGAAAAUCUUAAUUUUUUAAACAGCAAUAGUUCAAAAACUGGACAACGCAUACACACUCUGUGAAAAAGUGGCGAUAGAUGUACUAAGAAUACAAUAUACAAAGAUGAAAUUGUACAAAUAAAUGGGAAUAUAUGUUAAUUGAGUUUGCUGGGCCUAUUUCCCUACGCUACAACAUACAAAUACAAUAAAUAAUUUGGCAAAAUUAA